CAGUAUAUUACCUUUCUUUUAUAAUUGUGCUUUAAAUAAAGAACCAAAUUGUUAGUUUGUGUGCACCUAACAUUUGUUAGGCACACCAGUGCAAAAAGUUAGUAUAGAGCCCUGCCAAGUCCUUUAAUAUGCCUCUGUAAAUCCUUAGCUAACUAACGCUAUGUUACUGUAUGGACUGACGGACUUUAAUUUUGACAGCUGGCUGUCGGAUGUAACGCCAUUGGCUCCUGGGCGGGACUAGAGUGCUGCGAUGUGAUUGGCUCCUCAGCGGAGGUCCAGAGAUCUGCAGCUGGGGGUCUUUAGUUUAGAAACACAGCAGCAGACUGUUGGUGGAUUCAGGGCUGUUUAUUGUAUUGGAUCAGAUCAAGUAACAGAGUCAUUGUGAUGUAUUGAUUGGACAUGUUCUAAUAGUUUUAGCGCUUUGGACAGAUGUUUGCUGUGGUUUAAAAUGAAGACUGUAUUCUCUGUAGAAUAUGGAAGGGUGGUUAGAGUUUCCCCCGGUCUCCAGUAAAGUGGAGCAGCAGAAGAUCCAGCUCUGAUCAGCAGCUCCACACCUCUGUACUCAGACUGCUCUGCUGGAGGAACACCAUCAGCUCACCUGCUGCAGAAAUGAAUGGGGUCCUGUUUUAAGUUUUCUCUCGCUCAAACAUGGCAUCCAGAGAAAUCUUCAGUACUCUGCAAACACCCUCUACUACACCAUACAUGCAAAUGCAGAAAAGUACUGGGGAGAAAACUCACCACUGCUCAGACUGUGGAAAGUGUUUUACUCAACAGAGCCAUCUCCAGCGGCAUCAGCACAUUCACACUGGAGAGAAACCGUAUCACUGCUCAGACUGUGGGAAGAGCUUUUCUCAACAGAGUAAUCUCAAAGCACACCAGCGCAUUCACACUGGAGGGAAACCGUUUUACUGUUCAGAUUGUGGAAAGAGUUUUACUCAACAGAGCAAUCUCAAAACACACCAGCGCAUUCACACUGGAGAGAAACGAUUUCACUGCUUAGAAUGUGGGAUGAAUUUUAAUCACAAAAGUAGCUUCCAGCGACACCAGCGCAUUCACACUGGAGACAAACCGUAUCACUGCACAGACUGUGGAAAGAGCUUUAAACAACAGAGUAGUCUGAUAGCACACCAGCGCAUUCACACUGGAGAGAAACCGUUUCACUGCUCAGACUGUGGGAGGAGUUUUAGUCAACAGAUUCAUCUUAAAACACACCAGCGUAUUCACACUGGAGAGAAACCGUAUUACUGCUCAGACUGUGGAAUGAAUUUUAAUCAUCAGAGUACUUUCCACCGACACCAGCGCAUUCACACUGGAGACAAACCAUAUCACUGCCCAGAAUGCUGGAAGAGUUUUAAGCAACAGAGUUGUUUACAGCGACACCAGCUCAUUCACACAGGAGAGAAACCGUAUUACUGCUCAGAGUGUGAGAAGAGCUUCAGACGUCCACAUACAUUAAAGAGACACUGCUGCAUUAAGAAGACAUAAGCAGCGACACAACUUAAACCAUUUAAGAUCCCAUUCCAUAUUCCAAAAUAUGGGUACCAAAAAAAAAGAUUUAAAUGAUUUCUGAAGCAUGUUCAAAAAGCCAAAAAUUCCAGCGUACAGUUCAUACAUUUAUUUUAAGAGCCACUAAACCUUAAACCAUGGCUAAAAUGUGUUCCUUUGAAGUAAUGAAACAUACCAGUCCUGCUUAAAAUUUGUAUAAACAUUUCCUAAACUUUAAAAAACUUUUUUAUUGCUUUUACUUUUUUAUUUAUUAAUUAAAUAAAAAAGCUGCAGCGCCCUCUCAGGUUCAACUGUGCUAUAGGCAUGGAUGAUGUGUCCCUGUACUUUGGUAUGCAGACACAUCACAAUAUGCAGAUCAGUCAAUCAAUAAUAUCGCCCCCCUGCUGACGUCCAACCAUCUGGAUCUUAAGCUGUCAGGGGCACGCUGCUGCAGCAUAGCCAAUCAGCUCUCCCUCCUGCCCUGCCUCUAAACCCAUACAUCACCCAGGGCUGAGGGUGGAGUCAGCUAAAAUCAGGGGUUUUAGUGCCCCUUUAAUAUCAUCCAAACCCAGACACUGUUCAGCAGAGCUCCUACAGGGUACAAAAUGGUAAUAUUUUACAAACUGAUGGAUGGUAUCCUGAAAUUCCUGGAAAAUGACCACCACAUGAUCAAGUCAAGUAAUGAUGGUACUAGUGAUGUUAUGCAUAUAAUCUUGUUUAUUAACAGUUGUGAAUCAAAGGUUUGCAUAGUCAUUAUGUGCAGAGAUGUAUAGUAACAAAGUAGAACUACUUCACAACGGUAUUGACAUACUAAAAUGAUUUAUCUGUACUCUAAUGGAGUAUUAUUAUUUUCUCCUACUUACACUUUUACUGCACUACAUAUUUUUACUAAAUUUAAUACUUUUACCUUUGUGAUGCAUUUUUAUGUGCUCCAUUGUUGCUCAUUACCAGCACUUUUUAGGGGGGGGUGGGGGGUGGGGGGCUCAAAGCAGCCUCGAAUGAUCCACGUUCUUUGUGCUGAGUGCAGGACAUGUACACAUACAAUUAAACAGCGCUCUUCAUUCUGUUGUUGUCUGACAUGCAUGAUGUCCUGUGUGUGUUUGUGUGUGUGGGACAUCUGGGUCUCUAAUACAAGGGUCCUACCAGUUGGGCUCCAUUUUAAAAGAGAAUUUCUGCUUGUUUUACGGUUAUUUCUGAUUCACCUUGUUUAAAUAAUUUUUGCAAAUGGAAGAAGGGUUUCUCUUGGUUACGCCUACCCUGGUCAUGCUACUGUAUUGUACCAUCUACUCUUCUAUGAUCAAAAUUAAAGUAUAAUGCUACCUACA